AUGAAUGACAAGGAAUUUGUUUUGAAUCAUAUCCAAAAGUAUGGCUAUGGAUUGCAAUUGGCAUCCCAUCACUUACAAGACGAUCGAGAGUUUGUAUUGAAAAUAAUUCAAUUAGAGCCAAUAGAAUUCCGAUUCGCAAGUUGUACCGUUCGACAUGAUAAGGAGGUGGUGUUGACUGCUGGCAAGAAGUUUCCCGAGGUAUGGGGAUGUAUUUCAAAACCACCGGUUCUUCAUGCUUUCGCUCCGGAUAUCGUUCAACAGAAUGGAUUGGCUUUACAAAAAGCACCGAAAGAGUUUAAGAGAGACAGAAAUAUUGUGUUGAAAGCUGUCAGGCAAAAUUAUGAAGCAGUGCAAUGGGCAGACGACACUUUGAAAUCUGACAAGGAAAUUGUGAUGGAAGCGUUCAAACAAAAUAAGAAGGCUCUUCAUCUCGUGGCCAAUCAGUUACUAUAUGCGAAAAACUCAUUGCUAUUCGAUCAGGAAUUCAUGUUGACAGUUCUCAAGAGACUGUUUCCUGAAUUUUAUCACCUAAAAUCUUUUGACUAUUCCAAGAAACAUGUUAUGGUCAAACUUGUUCAAGAAUAUGGAUGGUUGCUUAAAUUUGCAAGUGAUCCACUCAAGAACGAUCGAAACAUUGUGUUGAAUGCAGUCAACAAUUAUGGCUGCUCUCUGCAAUUUGCUUCUCUUGAUUUGAAGAAUGACCGAGAAGUUGCUUUGGCUGCCGUUCAACAGGAUGGCUACGCUUUGAAAUAUGUCUCUGAUGAAUUGAAGAGAGACAAAGAAAUUGUGUUAACAGCUGUCCUUAAAGAUAGAUGUUCUCUUCAAUUCGCAUCAGAGGAAAUGAAAAAUGACAGAGAGCUUGUACUGACAGCUGUCAGACAUGACGGCUACGCUCUUGCAUUUGCACCAGAUACAUUUAAAAACGAUCGAGAGAUUGUGUUGACAGCUAUAAGACAAAAUGGCGAUCAUCUUCAUUUAGCAUCACAAGAAUUGAGAAACGAUCGACAAGUGGUUCUGGAAGCCGUCAGAUCCAAUGGUUGUGCUUUAAAGUAUGCCGGUGAAAUGAUGAAAUGCGACCAAGACAUUGUUUUAGAAGCUAUCCAACAAAAACUAGUACCGUUGGAUCUUUCCAUUGUUGCAUUCUGCGUACCUUCUUAUCGUUUAUUCCCUAAUUUAACUGGCUUUGAAUAUAUUAUAGAAGAUAAGGAACUCAUGUUAGAAGCAGUGAAGAAUCAUGGAAUGGCAUUACGUUAUGCGAGCAAAGAAUUACAAAAAGAUCCAGAACUUGUGCAACAAGCUCUCAAAUGCAAUGGUUAUGUCUUGGAGUAUAGUGAUGAAUUAUAUCAAGCACGAAUUCAACAAUGUUAUCCUGAUAUUAAUUUGGGGAACAACGCCAUUAAACAACAGCAACGUUGA